CUCGUACGGACCUAGCUAUAAGAUGCACAGACACCUAUACGACUUUGGCUCGUUGCUGCGCACGCCGCCGGAGCGCGCGCGUACGGCGGCGAGAAUCAGGGAUGAUGGCACGCGCAUCGUGCGCAAGUACUAUUACAUACUGCCGCAUACUUAUCAGCAACAACUCGCUGCCGCGGGCGCAAUCCACUUGGUUGCCUCGUUCACUUCACGCCUGCACGACCAUGUCACUAUCAGCGGACGCUGGCGACGUUGCCCUGCUCUUCGCCUCAUCCUUGCAAGACCCGGCGCGACCGAAACAUUGUGCCAGGGUUCUCUGCGGAUGUCUGCAUCUUUUUGAUGGCAGGAACAGAGACGAUCCCUAUGCACUCUACGAACGAUAUACCACACCUGACAACGAAAACUACGAGGGUCUCCGCAGGCUGCACCCGGAGUGCCUGGAUGCGUCCGUUGCGUUCUUGUCCCUGGUUCGCUCGGCAAAGGAAGAAGACGAUCUCGAUGCCCUUCUCAGUACGUGCGCAUGCCCGUCUGCUUCGGACGAAAACACGGCCGAGUUGUUGCAAUGGUUACACGCGUUCGAGGUCGCUCGCCAAUUCACCCUCCGGGACUUCACCGAAGCCCUCCUCCGUCACCUCAGCGGCGUGCUUCACAGUACAAUACAAACAAGGACAGUAGGAGGCACUGUCGCUCUAGGUGGCAUCACGAAACAUCGCAGGAAUCUGCAUGCUGGGAGUCCUCUCUGGCCCACGGACGCCAGCCUACUUCUUCCCCGCGGUAUCGAGGAAUCGAUGAAAGGAUACGCCGCGUCGUUCCACCUGUGUCGUCAAGAGAGAUUCCAGGAGGCCCUCGGGCUUGCCGCCACACUCAUCGCGAUCUGCGGUCGAUCCAUCAUCCAUCCUCUCCUCCAGUUCCAGCCUGUGUGGCCAAGCAGGAUCGCCCUCCUUGCUGCAGAACUCUGCCAUGACCGCAUGAAAACACUUGGGGAGUCGAUAGACCACGUCAUUCAACGCGAAUGGAUGUGCACCCUCUUCCGCAUACUGGAGUUCUGCCGUGCUAUCAUAGACCCCGGGAAAAUCAAUCCCUUGGACAUUGACCUCUUCGUCUCCCAGUGCAUGACUGUGUCAUCAUACAAAAGUGCACGUACAAAUCAAGUCGGCGACUGUGGUCUCCUCUUAGCCUGCGAUACCAUCCUCGGUUGCCUAUCGUUUUUCAGCGAGGAUACCGGUACAGAUCUCUUCCGUGAUGUGAUCAUCGACCAGUUCACCGUGGACUUCAGCCUCAUCGGAGCGUUUCUCUACCGUCACAAGACACGAGAUGACACCACAGUCUAUCACCCUGCGAUCCUUGCAGUGAACACCGAGGCGGAAGCGCGCUACUCUGAUCCUGUGAACGCCUUCGCCGGGUUUUGCUGGGCAUCUGUGGUGCGGCACUGCUGCGCGCCAGAGUGUCGCGAAGAGUUCGCUACCGCCGGCCGUGCGUUCGCCCGGUGCUCAGGCUGUGACGUUUUGCGCUAUUGCUCUCGUCUGUGCUUGGCGCGGGCCUGGAAGCACACGCUACUCCCGCACAAGGCCGUAUGCACGAAGUUGCGCAUCCUUAGGGAACGCACGAACCUCCCGCGCGACCGUGACCUUGAUCCUCUGCGCGAUCGCGAGCCCUUCAUCGAAGCGUGCAGAGCGGACGAGGGGCUCGCGGCGUUGGCCCUGGACUGCGGGGAAUAUUUCAUCGGCUUGUUACGUGCGAUUGGAUAACAGCGAGGUUUUCAUACCGGAUGCGUAUUUGGCAUGGUCCGCCUGACAGGCAUACAUGGCUGUGGCAAGUGCUCAUUAGUGCGAGUUUUGUAUCUUCGAUGUGGUUUGUAUGUCUUGCUUCUAUUACCUUUGACCGACUUUCCCUGCUUGUCUAUUGCCGCA